CAAUCUAGGGAUAACCAAUGUUAUAAAUUGUGUCAUAAACUUGUUAUAAUAUCACGAGAACGAGUAUGAUGUCUAUGAAUUGAUACAAUCAAUUUUGAAAUAUCCUGUACAUCCCUUUAUACGUUUUUAUUUGUUUACAAAGUAUAAAAGCACAAUAAGUCGAUAAUAUAACAUUGCUCCAUAAUCGGUCAAUUAUUUCAUUUAAAUUGCAAAAUGGAAAAAGACAAAUGCAUUUCAACUAACAAUAUCAUUUCAGAGGUGCCUGACUCUGUUAUCUAUGUGCCAAAGUUUAUUACUGAAGAGGAAGAAGCAGAAAUUAUAAAGCAUAUUAAUCAUGCUCCUUUACCAAAGUGGACACAGUUAAGUCAUCGUAGGUUACAGAAUUGGGGUGGGAUUCCACAUCCCAAAGGUAUGAUAGCAGAAGAAAUUCCAGCUUGGCUUAGAAAGUAUGUUGAUAAAGUGUCAUCUCUUAAUGUAUUCGAAAGAGAUAAGUUACCCAAUCAUGUUCUGAUUAAUGAGUACUUACCUGGCCAGGGAAUAAUGGCUCACUCAGAUGGUCCACUUUUUGACCCCAUUGUAACAACUAUCAGUUGUGGAUCUCAUACACUUCUCGACUUUUACAAACGACUGGAUACUACACAGUUGCAGCAACUUGACUUAGACUUCAGUCUUCUAUUAGAACGUAGAAGCCUGUUAAUUCUCCAAAGGGAUUUGUAUCAUCGUUAUUUACAUUCAAUUGCAGAAAGAGACACAGAUAUUAUCUCAAGAUCUAUAAUAAAAAAUUUAAACAUAUGUAGUGAACAAUUUCAAGAAGAACAGACAUUAAAACGGGAUGUUAGACUGUCUCUAACAAUUAGACACGUUCCUAAAACUACUAAAUUAAAGUUAAAAAUUGGAUAAUAUAUUUUACACAAAUGCA